AAUUAUUAAAAACAAAAUUAGUUCAACACAUACACACAAGUAAACUUCAAAAAUUACCGAACCCACCCUUUCAUUAAAAUCGAUCUUUUCACUUUCUCUGUUCCGUCACCAAACAAACUAGAUCAGGCUUUAAUUGUUCUUUAACUCUGUGAGAGUUCCUUGAUCUGCAAGCGUAUAUAUAUUUUCAUCAUUUUUUCUGAUUUUCUGAAGAGAAGUUAGGGAAUGCUGAAAAAUGCGUAUGAAGGUCCAGAAGUCUACUUCUGAUGUCCACUCUAAUUCUGCUUCUUUCCAACUCACCGUCUUUAUUCUCGAUGAGACUGGCCACUUCUUUGCCAGCUCAUCAGAUAUAUGUGCCACAAUCCGAAAUUACAUAAAGUGUGAGUCUUUGGUGCAUGAUUCGUGUAAAGACGGUUGAGCAGCUACGUUAGGGGAACUAUUACGAGUAUUACAUUAGUAAGAUACAGGAUAGGUUCUGUUUGUUUUCUGCUUUAAGAUAUAAUAUAUGAUGACUACGGAUAUUAAAGGGACUGUUUUGAUGGAAAGAUACGAGUUAGGAAGAUUACUCGGUCAAGGAACCUUUGCAAAGGUGUACUAUGCUAGGAAUACGAGAACAGGGCAAGGUGUAGCUAUUAAAGUAAUAGACAAAGAGAAGGUUAUAAGGGUCGGGCUUGUUAAUCAGAUCAAGAGAGAAAUAUCGAUUAUGAAACUAGUGAAACACCCUAACAUUUUACAGCUUUAUGAAGUCAUGGCCACCAAAACUAAAAUAUAUUUCGCCUUGGAAUAUGCCAAGGGCGGUGAGCUUUUUGACAAGGUGUCAAAGGGAAGACUAAAGGAAAACAUUGCUCGUAAAUAUUUCCAGCAGUUGAUCAGUGCCAUUGAUUUCUGCCAUAGCAGAGGGGUCUAUCAUCGAGAUUUGAAACCCGAGAACUUGCUUUUGGAUGAACACGACAAUCUGAAGGUUUCCGAUUUCGGUUUAAGUGCCCUUGCUGAAUCUAAGCGUCAGGAUGGCCUACUCCACACCACUUGUGGGACUCCUGCUUAUGUGGCACCUGAAGUGAUUAACAGGAAAGGCUAUGAUGGAGACAAGGCUGAUAUUUGGUCGUGUGGGGUGAUUUUGUAUGUUUUGUUAACUGGUUAUCUUCCGUUUCAUGAUUCAAAUUUGAUGGAAAUGUACAGAAAGAUAGGCAAAGCGGAAUUUAAAUGUCCAAAUUGGUUUCCACCAGAGGUAAAGCGGUUACUCAUAAGAAUGUUGGAACCUAAUCCCACCUAUAGAAUAACCAUUGCGAAAAUCAAGGAAAACACAUGGUUUAAAAAGGGAAUGAUUGUCAGAAAACCAAGAAACGAGACUGGAAGUAAGGAUUCUGAUAGAGCUUCAAGUUCUUCCGAGGAGAAGCAGGAAAUUAUGAGGCCGCCAAACUUGAAUGCGUUUGACAUUAUUGCCCUUUCUCCAGGAUUUGAUUUGACAGCGUUAUUUGAAGAACAUCAGCGAAAGAAAGAAGCAAGAUUUACUUCGUGGCGACCUGCAUCGGUUAUUAUCUCUAAGCUGGAAGAGAUUGCUAAACUUUUAAAAAUGAAGAUUAGUAAACGUGAAGCGGGAUUGUUGAAACUGGAGGCGACUAAAGAGGGUAGAAAAGGAAUUUUGUCAAUUGAUGCUGAGAUAUUUGAGCUCACCCAUUCUUUCCAUUUGGUUGAGGUGAAGAAGUCUAAUGGAGAUACUCUUGAAUAUCAGAAGGUACUAAACGAGGGUUUAAGACCUGGACUCCAAGAUAUAGUUUGGACAUGGCAGCCUGAGGUAGAACCAGUGGAGCAACGGGUACAGCCAGAGCAACCACGACAACCAGAGUCGCUACCUUCACCGCAUGAUCAGUUGCCCUGAGCCAUAUACCAGUUCUUCUCUCCGGGUAUUUAAUAUUUGUACACAUAUAUAUACAAUUGAUUUCCUUUUAGUUUGUGUGAUUGUACAAUAGGGAUUUACUUGGUUAAAUGAAAUUCUUCUUAUACUAGUAAAAAGUUUUGGUGUUUUUA